UGACGGAGAUGCCAAUGUUUAUGUUUACAAAGUUGGCCAUGCGAUGGAUUGUUAUGUGUUGUGUUUGAGUGUACAAGCUGUUUCACAGUCAUAGUUAAUAAUGGAUGAUAAAAUAAACUCAGCAUUUAUUUGUGCUAAAUCAUUGUCAGAAUGUAUAUAGCAGUAACUGGACAUUUGUAUGUAUGUCCCGAUGAAGGAUGUUAACGUUGUUAAGUCAAGCUCGAUUCUGGACACUGAAAGAUGAAAUAGUUAUUAAAGACACAGACUUCGGUGCUUUCAGGUAUUUAGAAAAAAAGGACGUGUCUGAUUCGCCCUACAAUGAAGGGAAGCGUUCAUUUGCGGAACAAAGAGGAAUCACAUGCGUGGUUCGAAAUAAAAGACCAAACAAGUUAAGAGAGUCAAUUAAAGAUUUAGAGGAACAUUUGAUUCAGCAUAAAGUGAUCUAUUGUCACUGGAGGGACAACAGCCUCUUGCAACUGAUUUUCAGUUCUGGGCUUAUUGCUAAAAUAUGUAUAAACAUUUUUACUGGUGACAUACUAAAAAUUUCAUUUGACAAGUAUCUUGUUGGAAAACUUCUUUCUGAAUAUAUUGCUGAUGCUAUUUUCACAAAAACGCACUUAAUUUUUUCAUACAAUGAUAACCAGGUAACACUUGUUUACUUUGUGAAACCACUAACAAACUGCAAUGUAUCAGAAAAAAUUAGUCGUUUGGAACCAAAAGUACAAAAUCUGGAGUUGGCUGGACCAUCUGGCCGGCGCUUGGAGAGAAAAUUGUCAUCAAAUGUCAAUGGAGACAUGAUACUUAUUUGGUGGCGAUGCACUCGUGAUGAAGUUUAUCCGUGGAGUCCAGUCGUUAAAGAUCAGGACAGAGCAAAUGUCCAUGUGUAUAUGGUCACUGGGACAAAAUUCGAGCUGCUGUGCUACUAUAGAACAGAAUUUGAUCCAGUCAGUGUAUCUUUCAGCUGUAUACAGCCAAAUGUCAUUCAUUCAGUAGAGCAGAAGGUGUCAAGAAAAGGCGAAGUGACAGUGGAGAGCUGCACGUACGAGAUAAGUAAAUCACGUUUACAGCGAACAGCAGUUACCUCUGUCCCUCUACAGACUCAAGUUUGCUGCCACAGUUUCAGUCCGGAUGAAGAGAAGCUUUUGCUUGGCUGUAUUGAUGGCUCCCUGGUGCUGUUUGAUGAGGGAAGAGGAGUUACACAUACAGUAAAGGCAGCAUUUAUAUCCACAACAGUAUCUUGGCACCCUGAUGGUAUGUUAGUUGUAGUUGCCAAUGAAAGGUGCCAGCUACAGUGUUUCGACACAGCACUGGGCUGUAUCAGGAAUCAAUUGGUGAGUGAAGAUAUUACACCAUCGAGUUUGUUGGACCUCGGAUCCUACUUUAGGACUCAGCCGACCCUUCUGCACAUGGAAUGGAAUAAGAAGACAGAUGUCAGCCAAUAUGCAGAAAACUUUUGCCAGACAGAUGGGUUCCUUUUACUUCAGUUCGAAAGGGGACCACUAGCUGUUGUUCAGUUGGUUGGGGGUGGUGGCCUUAUUGGAGAUCUUCAUGGAAGUGGUCUCACUGCAGACACUAUGGUUGCAAAGUACCUGAUGUUCAAUCAGGUUGACCGGGCAAUCAAUUUGUUGCUAAGUCUCAACUGGGAUUCGUAUGGUCAGCAGUGUAUUUCUUGUCUCAACCGUAUCAUUAAUUACCUCUUCCGGCAACCGCUCACACCAGAAAGAGAAGUGCAGCUUCAGACAGCUUUAGGCAGCUUUCUUUUGCCUCCACGGCCCCUUUGCCACGCUACUGAGGAGGAGUUUGGAAGCACUGUACGUGAUUUGGCAAGACGUUUCUUUCACCACCUGCUGCGCCAUCGGCUACUUGAUAAGGCUUUCAGACUGGCCAUUGACUUGGAUGAUGGUGAUCUGUUUUCUGAUAUAUGGCACUGUGCCAAAGGAAUGGGUGAGACUGUUAUAGCUGAUGCUGCCCGCGAACGUGCACGUCUGAUAUUUAGCCGCUGUAGCAGCCGGUCGAGCUCACACUCAGAUUCAUCUCAGUGUUCUCGUUCCUGUUGUUCUGGAUGCUCUGGUUGUGAUAGCCGUGAUACAACGAGUGAUGACUCACCAGAACCACCACCUCAGCCGCCACCUCCUCUUCCAGUACCAAGACAGCAAGGGAGUUCAGUGAGAACACCUGGAGAGAAACCAAAAGUGAAGUUCUCUGACACUGUCACUCACAUUCUUGUGCCUGAUUCAAGACCAUCAUUGACAGAAGAGGAGGAUUUUUGCCUGAAUGUGAAACCAUCUGGCAGUGCUUUACAGUUGCAGAAAGACCACUCCAAGAGACAGCAUGUUUACAUUCCAGACACACAGCAGGAACUUGCUGACAGUCUGCCACUGUGCCUUGGCAACAAAGACUACUUGAAAGAUUUUUCAACCAGUGCAGAUAUAUCCGAGGAAGAGGACAAUGGAAAUGGCACCAUAAAAGUUGUCCAUUUUGGUGUUGUAUAAAAAAAAAAAAAAACCUCUCGUUUGGAUUUUCAGGCCAACAGUUCAAGUGCCUUACCAGUGUGCAGUUGUAGCCAAGUAGCUUUAUGAUGUGCCUUACUCAUCUGUGUGCCAAAGUAAAUGUUUCAUUUAUUCAGUAUUUUGCACAGUAUAUUUAUAGAAAUGAUUUUUAUUUAUCCCUUCUCACUGCAUUUUCCAAAUAAUGUGAAUAUGCUGUUCUUGGUGAUAUUAUCAAUGCUCUAGGUACUGUGGACAACCACUCACUUCUCUUGUUGUGGUAUUAAUUCACUAAAUGCACAUCUGGUAUAUAACUGUCAAGUACUGUGUUUAUUCUUUGCGGAGUGUACCUUUCCAAACGGACUGAUAGGUCUAAUGUAGGAGCCUUAUAGCCCAGGGAUGAACAAGUUAUUUGUUUUUGCAUAUUACUGCUGUAUAUCUGUUGUGAGAUGUUAUAACUCCGGUACUCACCAAUGCUGACAUUUAUUGAUGUGAAUCCCAAAGGUCCAAUUUUAAUCUCCACAUAUCUACUGAAAAUAAAUUGUGUCAACUGUGGAUGAUUUCUGUCUGAACUGCACAGUUUGGAGUACUUUAAAGAAAAUAUGACUUAAAUAUGUAUCUAGUGCACUUUGAUAAAUUGUUAUACUUGGUGAAAAUACUUCCCUCUUUUUAUCCCUACAGUAUGGAGCAAAUAUUCCUUCUCGUUCCUACUGUUUUUAACUGAAAGCAUUAUAAAAUACUGUCUAAAUUUAAUAUUUGUACUUGGACAGAAGCUAUUAACCCUUUCGUGUUGGCGCCGAUUGUUGCGUCAUGCACUGUGGACGAGCACCAGUCCCGCCCGGCCCUGCCCACUGCACAGCGCAUUUUUCGCGCUCCCCGCGGCUCUACUCUGCCCUGCUUUCAUACUAGUAGUGUUAUUGCAGUUAUUGGACUGUAUACUAGAUAUUUGUUCGGGAAAAUAUUUUUUUGGUAUUCAUUUUGAAUAAAAACAGUUUUCUUGGAGUUUCAGAUAAAUCGCGUAAUUUUUUCUUACAUUCUAUAAGAUACAUGUUUUGAUUCAGCUCUGGUGGGGAGGGUGCUUUAUUAUUUAAAACAUUAUUGAAUAGUAGUUUUGUUUUCACUGCUUCAAUAAUAUUUAUUUAUAAUUGGUUUGCAUUACAUUCCAGUAGGAUUACAUUACGAGAAUAUCAUUGCACUGUGUUACAUUUCAAGAAUCUUUUGUGUGUGGUAAAUCAUGAAGCAGGGAAAGGCGCAAAGUGUCGUAUUGCAUUCCUUACAACACAUUUCAGUCUGCUUCCGCUUCUUGUGCUCUCUGCAGACAACGCAAGUUCUGUAGCUGCUCCACUCGUCAGGUAGGUGAGGCCCUGCUGCCAGUCUCAAGGGACGUGCUGAUAUUUUUCCUCUGCUGGAUCUUCUUUUUUCUACUUUACAUUUUUCCAGGAUUCCCUGUAUGACUACCAUUUGAAAGUUGGCAUAGCUAAUGUUCGUUACAAGUUUCUUAUAUAAGCAGUAAGCGUUGAAAAGGGACAUGUGCAUGAUGUGAAUAAACAGUUUGUGAUACCAUUUAGUGGAUUUUCUGAUGCUUUCCAAGGUCUUUAUUACUGUGCCACUUUUAUCCUCAGGUCCCAUUGAUUUAUUGUAGUCUAAUGCUACUGAAUGUUUCAAUUUCUUCUAGCGUGUUGGACGAUCCACCUUCGAUGUUUCGUUUUCGGCCAUUUCUGCUGAGUGGACUGUCGAAAGCAUGCAUACAUCUUUUUCGUCACACCAUUUUAGUGCUAACAGAAAUUCCGAUGCAGAAUGGAAAGUAAGCUCUCCUUUCUUUAGUUUCUCAGGAAUAUUAGACACACCUUUUCUUGUGUGCCUGACUGUACCACAAGCAUUAGUUGCCCGGUCAGACAACCACCAGAACAGGGCAGGACUCGUAUACCAAUUGUCACAGUACAGGGUGUGUCCCUUCUGUAAAUAUGGCUCUACCAAUAUAGCUACAACAUUUCUUGAGAUACCAAGGUCAUAGUUUUCAAUACCUGUAUGUGAGCCACAGUAGACAAUAAAAUCUAAAAUAUAAUUUUUGUGGACAUCGCAGAUAACAAAUAUCUUAAUCCCAAAACGGCUAUGUUUAGCAGGUAUUACUGCCUGAUUUUUAGCCUGCCUUUGAAUAAUACGAGACUUUCAUCUAUGCAUAACUUUUCAUAAGGAUAGAAAUUUUCGUUAUAUUGUUUUCUAAAGUGGUAAGUUACUGGCCAUAGCUUGUUCAAAUAGUUAUUGUCAUGAGGCUUUUCGUUAUUGGCGAAAUGUAAAAACUGCAAGAUAUAUUGAAAUCGGUUUCUAGGUAGCAGUUAAGAAAAUAACUGGAUUCAUAGAUCAAUAUUCAGACAGGCUCAAUGUCUUUACUCUUGUCAUGAUAAACAUAGUGGCAAUAAAGAAUUGAAUGUAAAUGAUAUUUACGUCACUCCAUACUCCUUGGAUCCUUUUUGGAACACGACCAGCAGCCACCAUUUGAGAAAAGUUUCUGUUAGUUUCCUCACACAAAAUGUUUUGUGAUAUCCAUGUUAAAGAACAACUGAAAGAAACUGAGCGUGCUGUCAUUGUUUAUGAUACCUCUCAGUCCAGAAGUAGCUGCAUCGAACGCAUGUUUGUUCAGAUUCAAGUUGUCAUUUUUGUCUUGUUCGGCAAUUCUGAUGCCUCUAAAUCACUGUCUGUAGAUUCAUCUUCCAUGCACAAAUCCAAGUCUGGUGAUAUCAAUGGAACAGCUGGGGUAGCACGUGUACCGGAUGUAGAAGAUCUAUAAUAGGUGUUUCAUGUUCAUCGUCAGAUUUGGACGAUGAUUCGCUUUCAUCUUCAAAGUCACUACCCAGUAUGAGAGAAAGUGCUUCCUCAACAGUAUAUUGCUUAUCUGCCAUAUUACUUCUAGUAGAAACUAACUGAGGUUAACAAUCUCACUUCAGAUUAGAAAUAAGGUGGGAAAUGAGCAGUCCAACUCAAGCGAAACCAAUGUUUUGAAACUGAAUGCAAUUGCCACAUAGUUACUCUAUUGUUAACUAAGGACUUUGAACAAAGCCACUAGAUGGUGCAUUGGUCAAACUUCACACAAUAGUGAAGUGGAGAAAUAUGAUGCUACAGCAGUCCACCGGCUGAGUGACUCUUGACUUCUGUAGUUCACUGUAGUGAAAGGGUUAAAGGAUGUGGCGGUCCACUGUACCUGAUCAUUGUGCAAAAGCUUCCAGAAACAA